AUGAAAUCACUAAUCUCACUUAUUACACUUACAUUCUUGCUAUCUAGCAUAUAAGGCCAAUCCUAACCCAAACAAGAUGGCCCAAAGAAAGUACUAGUAUAUGGCUCUUUUCUAAACGGCCAAGUAGAUUUCAUGAUUGAUGUUGCAGCUACUAUUGCCUCAAAAGGGCCAGAAUAGAGGGAGGUCUAUUAGUUAUUGCCAGAGGGGUCUUAAAAUAUAGAAUAUGUUAAGACGUUGGACAUCAACCCAAUCGUCAUCCCAGGCUAUACUCAAGACUAUGUUAAUGAGCAAAAUGAGUUGAUAAGAAACGGAGAAGUUGCAGAUCAAACUAAGUUCUUGAAGGAGCAUGUCAGCUAUAUGUUUAACGAGCAAAUUGACUUAUUGAUUGAUCUCAAAUCGCAAAAUUUCGACAUGCUUAUUGUAGAGAGAUAUGAAGAUCAACAAUUCGUGGCUAAUUUCCUAGAGAUACCAAUGCUAGUUAAAGUAAUUGAAAGAGUUGUGGAGCCUAUAAUAAUUCAAGAAAUUGGAGGAAACCCAUCUCAUAGUUCUUAACUCAGUACUCUUAGAAACACUUUGUUUGGAAUCUAAAGAUAUGAGACCCUAGAAGAUAAGCAGCUCUCUUUCUUUUUCAGAUUCUUCAAUUUCGUCUCUUUUUUCCUGCACAAGGCUUACUUAUAUCCAAGCAUUCAAUAUGAUUUAGCAAGUAUCAUUCCAGACGAGUAUGUUGAAUAGGCAACCACUUAAAGAUAUGCAAACAUGACAAUAUUUACUGGUAUUGAAGGCCUUAUCCCACCAAUCGCAGUUCCACCUUCUUUGAAAUUCAUCUAUCCUAGAUAUAAGACCUAGUAUUAACCAGAAUUUAUGUAAAUAGAUCAAGAGCUUAAAGAUUUCAUGAACAAGAAAUUCCCAAAGUAAUUAGCUUUAGCAACGUUUGGAAAUACCAAACAGCCAAAUGUUUAUGAUCUUGACAACCUAGCAACUUAUAUGGUAAAGUAAAAAUAAAUAGGUUUCAUUGUAUCGCUCUCCAACCCUUAGAACUAUCCAGAAGAGGUUUUGAAUAAACUCUCUGAGUCCUCUAACAUUUACUUGACUGGCUGGGUACCUCAAUAAACUAUCUUGAAAGAUGAAAGAGUUAAAUUAUUCUUCACUCAUGGCGGUCUAAACUCCUACUAUGAAGGUCUAGAGGCAAGUAAAACUAUGAUUAUUAUUCCAUUUGAACAAGACGAGCAAGCUAGAUUCCUAUGUGAUUUCGCUCAUCUUGAGUAAUAUGGUUCUUGUGUCUAUCAAAAUACCAUAAGCGAGAUUGAGGAAGCAGUUUAAAGAGCAAUGAAAACCAAUGGCUAUUAGAAAAAGGUGUCUUAGCUUUCAAAAGUAGCCAAGAAAUCCAGUGAAAGCAAAAAGGAUCUUAACUAUUGGAUCGAUUAUUGCUUUAAAGUUGGCACUAAUCACUUAGCAAUGCCUCAGUAUCAGACAAUGAGAAUUGAUUAGUACUAUGAUUUGGACUUGCAUUUCUUGCUAUUCACUGCUAUUUUAGUGGGUCUCUAUCUCAUUUACAUUGCUAUCAUAAUACUAAUAUUCUUGGUUAAGCUCUUAAUAAGAUUUGUCAAAUAUGUCAUGGUAAAAGUUAAGGAAAGAAAGGCUAAGACUGAUGAGCAACAGAAGGAAUAGAGUGAUAAUGACAAUAAAGUUAAGAAUGAUUGA